AUGUGUGAUGAAGGAGCAUCUACUAGCAAAGCGAAGCCCAAAGUUUCCACCGUUACUCCGGCUGCACCGGCGGAACCGGAAACCACCGGUGAAUGUUACAUUUCGAGGCUCCCGGAUGAGAUCCUGUAUACCAUUUUCAACCUGCUUAGUCACGAUCAACGACUGGAUUGCUCGGAAACAUGCCGACGUUGGAUGGACAUCGUAUACUCUCCGUACUUUCAGCGGAAGAGCAAAACCUCGUUCAGUCACUGCUUUGGGAUGACCAUAAACUCCGUCGACCGGAAGCGGUUGCAGAGGGCCAUAAAUUGUGAGUUUUCCGAUUGCGGUAUUCUCGAGCUAUUCCACACGGAUUUACUAAGGGACCAACGGAACGUGCUGUUCGAGGACCCGGAGAAUCCCGUACCGAGUGAUACGACCAUCGAGGACUUUCUGUUUUCCGGCGAUCUACAGCUCGAGCACAUACAGUUCGCCACCUCGUUCGAUCGAGCGCGUGACUUCAUCGGAAAGCGAUUACCAAUGCUGAAGAAUCUUGAAAGCCUCUCCUUCAUGCUUGUUCCACCGCACUAUGGGUUGGAAGUGAACAAAACGGAUCCCGAGUGGGUGAUUAAGCACGAAAAGGUGACCUCCUUUAGUCUGCAAACUUUUGUCACCAGCGGUCCGUACCGGCUCGAGCUACCAAGUAUGAGAUUCUUCGUCCACGAAAUCGAUAACGAUUGGGAUAUGCGGGCACUGAUCGAGGCGAAGGAACGACUGGAGGAGCUUGAAGUGAAGCUGUACUUCGUUAAAUACGUCGAUACGAUAGUUACGCUGCAGUUUCCGGAGCUAAAGAAAUUUUCCGUCUGGCUAGUCAAGGAAGAUGACAGCCCGGAUCCGAACACGCCUGGAGAUGAUACUACGACCGAGUGGUUCAUAAAAGGCAUGCCGAAGCUCGAGCAGCUGGAACUACGUGGAACACAAAUGACGAUGAAGCUGUUUCGAGCCGUCUGUCUCUUCGGUUGGGAAACGUUGACGAGAUUAACGGUGUUCAGCGCCCAGUUCAAUCGUUCCCUUUUUGAAUUGAUCCAGGAGCUGAAAAAUCUAAAAUUCUUGAGGCUAGAAUCAUGCUCGAUCAUUGACGGUGGCCGACUACACGAGGUUAAUUUUCCGCAUUUGCGACAUCUGGAGUUGAUCAAAAGCCACGACUGUUUGCGCAUCGACGCGGGCUUGUCGCUGAUUCACACCUUCAAGUACACGAUGGAUGGGAAGUUGGCCAAGGUAUGCCGGCACAUGCCGUUGCUCGAGAAGUUUGAGAUCGAUUUCCGCGCGGAACACCCAGUCGCAGAGUAUGUAAAGAAAUACUUCAAGCAUAUUCCCGAGCUUGCUCAUCUGCACCAUCUGACGCUAAGUGGCAUCAAGACGAACACGAGACCGUGGAACUUCUGCGAACCGAUGCCCGCGGUCAAACAUCUCGUAUUUCGCGAAUGCCAUAUUGCACGCUGUGAUUUUAAGCGGAUAUCGGAGCUGUUCCCGGAGUUGAAGGUGCUGGAAACAGAAAACUCCAUCAUAGCCUACAAGAUCGAACCACAGGGUGUCGACAUAAACCGGCACUUUGCCCGCCGGUUGAAGCAAUACUUUCCCAAGUGUGCGCUCGUGUUUACCGGCGGCUCGACGGUCGAACCAUUGAGUACCGUUUUGGAGAUGGAGGACAAGAAUUACGAUAUAAAGCGGCUAAUGGAUAAAGAAGCAGGUGUUAUUCAAAUAUUCCAGUAGCUUCCAGUUAGC